CACAUCGAGCUCUACGUCGUAUCUAAAUUCACGCGCACGCCCGCCAACACCGCCAACCCCCCUACCACUACUUUCCACCUCUUCUACUCACAGUCCCCGCUCCCGUAGCCAUGGCGGACCGCAAAAAGAGAGAUCGCUACGCAGCAGGAACGGGUUACCAAUUCGGCGCGAAUACACCAGACGCCCAAGCUGGAGGAGUUCCCCCACCAGUAGUACCUGGCUAUGGAGCUCAAACGCCUGCAUACGGAGCAGCACCUUCUCCUGGAUUCGGUGCCCCGGCUCAGGGCUACGGAGCGCCAGCACAGGGCUAUGGUGCGCCAGCCCAAGGCUAUGGACAGCCCAUGCCUCAAGAUCCGAAUGCCCUCAACCAACAAUUCGGGCAGAUGAACCUAGGCCAAGGCCAAGCAGCUCCGCAAGUUCAGCAGCCCGUCGCGGCUACCCAGCAGAACCAACUCUUCCCCUCGGAUCUCAUUGCGCAGCCCUUCCACGUUUCGGAGCUAUACAACCCUCCUCCUCCCAUCAACCUACCGUCCAAUGCCGCGGCCACGCCCUCCGAGUUCGCGAACGAAUCGAGUAAAUACCUUCGAUGUACGCUCAACACCAUCCCCACCAACCACUCGCUGCUCAAGAAGAGCAAGCUUCCUUUCGCCCUCAUUAUAAGCCCGUAUGCGAGCUUGCACGACUCGGAGGACCCUGUGCCAGUAGUGCACGAUCAGGUCAUUAGCCGUUGUCGACGAUGCCGCGCCUACAUCAACCCCUUCGUUUCGUUCUUGGACCAUGGACACAGGUGGAGGUGCAAUAUGUGCAACCUGACCAACGACGUUCCUCAGGCAUUCGAUUGGGACGCAGCACAGCAGAAGAGCGUGGACCGCUGGCAGAGACCCGAGCUCAACUAUGCCGUGACCGAGUUCGUCGCGCCCCAGGAAUACAUGGUCCGCCCUCCACAGCCUUUAUGCUACUACAUCCUGCUGGAUUGCACACAGAGUGCGGUUAACAGCGGAUUGCUCGCUGUUGUCUCGAGGGUCAUCAAGGAGUCGCUCGGUCGGAUACCAAAUGCAGACGGUCGGACACGCAUCGGAUUCAUGGCGGUCGACAAUGGCUUGCAUUUCUUUGGCAUUCCUCCGGACAACAGCGAAUCCAACGAACCCCAGCAGCUUGUAGUUUCCGACCUCGAUGAGCCCUACCUUCCCAUGCCUUCGGACCUCCUGGUCAGCCUUAGCCAAUGCCGCAACAACAUUGAGACGUUCCUUGACCGCCUUCCGACCAUGUUCCAAAACACACACGUCCCUGGCUUCGCGCUGGGCUCAGCUCUCCGAUCUGCACAUAAGCUUAUUUCCCCGCUCGGAGGAAAGUUGACUGUCAUUGCCGCAUCGCUACCCAAUGUUGGCCAUGCAGCAUUGAGCCCUCGAGAAGACAAGUCGCUACUGGGCACCGGAAAGGAAGGCAGUUUGUUGCAGCCUGCGAAUAACUGGUACAAGUCUUUCGCGGUAGAAUGCUCCAAGAACCAGGUGUCCGUGGACAUGUUCCUUUUCUCCUCGCAGUACCAAGAUGUUGCGACGCUGAGCAACCUUCCACGAUUCACUGCCGGUCAGACAUACUUUUACCCUGGAUGGAACGCUGCAAGACAAGAGGAUGUCGUCAAGAUUGCAACCGAGCUGGCUGACUAUCUGUCUGCUGAGAUCGGUCUAGAGGCUGUUCUCCGAGUACGCGCAACGACCGGAUUGAGGAUGUCUGCAUUCUACGGAAACUUUUUCAACCGCUCGUCCGACCUCUGCGCCUUCCCAGCAUACCCCAGAGAUCAAGCUGUAGUGAUUGAGGUCGCCAUCGAUGAAACAAUCUCCAAGCCAUUCGCCUGUCUCCAGGCUGCUGUGCUUCACACUACCUCGAGCGGUCAGCGCCGUAUCAGAGUUCUGACUCUUGCUGUGCCUACGACUGAGAGCCUGGCAUCAGUUUAUGCGUCAGCAGACGCGCAAGCAAUCACUACCUACUUCAGUCACAAGGCCGUUGAGCGAGCAUUGUCGAGUGGUCUUGAUGCAGCACGUGACGCGCUUCAGGCCAAGAUCAUCGAGAUCCUGUCAACAUACAGGAAAGAGUUGGCGGGCGGCAGCAUGGGUGGUGGCGGGCUCCAACUUCCGCAAAACCUUCGCGCUCUCCCUAUACUAUUCUUGGGACUCAUCAAGAACGUUGGUCUUCGCAAGAGCGCUCAGAUCCCGAGUGAUCUUCGUUCAGCAGCUCUUGACCUCCUUUCUACGCUGCCAUUGCGACUACUCACGCAGUACAUUUACCCGUCUUUCUACUCCCUCCAUGACAUGCCUGAUGAUGCUGGUGUUCCGGAACCCACCACUGGUCAAAUCACAAUGCCACCUGCACUGAACCUUUCCAGUGCAGCCAUCGUGCCGUACGGUCUUUACCUCCUGGACGAUGGUGUGAACCAGUUCCUAUGGAUUGGCCGAGACGCUGUUCCCGCGCUCCUGAACGAUGUAUUCGGUGUCGAAGACCGCACGCAAUUGAAACAGGGCAAGGCGUCAUUACCCCUCCUUGACAACGAAUACUCCGAGCGAGUGCGAGCUGUCGUUGAGAAAUCGAGAGAUCACAAGUCAAAGGGUGUAGGCUCAAUUACCCUACCUACGCUGUACAUUAUCAAGGAAGACGGUGAUCCAGCCCUCAAGCUAUGGACACAGACACUACUCGUCGAAGACCGUGCGGAUCAGGGAGAGAGCAUCGUCCAAUGGAUCAGCAAACUCCGGGAAAAGGUUGUGCAGUAAGCACCGGAUGGAUGUGGGCACUUGUUCAUUAGGCGGUGUGGAUUGAGCGGGUUGAUACCGAAGCAUUGGCGUAAGAUCCGAAGAAGAAAUCAGCAUUGCUUGGGCGGUGGGAUGAUGAAUGGGAGUCGCACCAAGCGAAUUCAUGAACUAUACAACAGCAAUGUGAUACCAGCUUCCAUCUGUUUGUUCUUGGCCACCUCGGCCAUGUUUAUUGUACUACGUUUGUGCCUGUCAUUGCUACACGGCGUCAGAUGCAUGGCGAUGAAACGUCGUGCUAAGCUGUUGUGCGAGUACUGAAGAGGGGCCUGCUGUCAACGUGUACGCAAGACCGACUUUCA